CACACCGACUUCCGCUCUCUUUUCGUCGAGGUUCAGCUAGCGGCCGGCCUGCAAACAUGCAGAUCUUCGUGAAGACGUUGACGGGGAAGACCAUCACCCUCGAGGUCGAACCCAGCGACACUAUCGAGAAUGUCAAGGCAAAGAUCCAGGACAAGGAAGGGAUUCCUCCCGAUCAGCAGCGUCUGAUCUUCGCUGGCAAACAGCUCGAGGAUGGACGCACGCUGUCCGACUACAACAUCCAGAAAGAAUCCACUCUGCACCUGGUCCUGCGUCUGCGUGGCGGCAUCAUCGAGCCGUCUCUCAGGCAACUGGCCCAGAAGUACAACUGUGACAAGAUGAUCUGCCGCAAGAGACUCUUCCUUAGAGCUGACCCCUGACCUCUUGUGCUGCAGGUGCUACGCCCGUCUGCACCCGCGCGCCGUCAACUGCCGCAAGAAGAAGUGCGGCCACACCAACAACCUGCGCCCCAAGAAGAAGCUGAAGUAGACGUCGGCCAAAUGGACUCGCUGCCAUUUUGUUAAAAUAAAUGUAAGAAAAUGAAA